UCAUUAAAAUAUUUUCCACUCUUUGCUCGGUUGUUUGGUGUUAAAUCAAAAACCACUUGAACGAAAUAAAAUCUUUCUCACAGUCCGCGGUCGCACAAUGGCCAAAUGGUAUGGAAUGGUAUGGAUGGUAUGGUAUAGGGGGGCGCAAACAAAUUAUGAGAACGUUCGGGAUCAAGUCGAGAAGAAUGUUUUCUUUUUCUCGUUUCUGCGUUGGGUUCAGUUCAGUUCAGCUCAGCUCGGAUCGGUUUAGUUCUUUUGGGCUCUUUUGUUGUCCGACGAUGUCGUUGUUGUUAAAUUGAUGACAACAACAUAAGAAAUGCUGAAGCGUGCGCUUCAAAAAUGUAUCUGCAUGGUCGCCGGAGAUACAAAAGCAAAGCCCGAGAUACAUUUCGGUGUGCUGACCGUUUUGCGUAUCCGUGACGAUUUCUUUACCCGUUUACCUGUGCGACACAGACCCAAAAAGCAGACAAUAAAUCAAUAAUCAAGCCGCCGCCGAGAGAGGGAGAUGGGUUGCUGGACGGACGGAUGGAUGGAUAGCUGUAUGGAUGGACGGAUUGGUACGGAAUCGGAUUCAGAAUCAACUGGGAUCGAGAAGAGGCGAGUCUGGGGCCUUAUCAUCAUUAUUCAAAGCGAGCCACCAACGCCGCCGACACAUUGAAAUGGGUAUAGAAAAAUAAUAAUAAUAAUAACGAGAACAACAAACAGAGACCGAGGGAAAACAAAACAGAACCAAAUCGAACAAAACGAGUUCCUAGAGUUUCUAAAAAGCCAUAAAACGACGACGAGUUUUGAUUUGAUUUUCGAGAUCCAAUCGACUGGCAUAGAACACAUGUACACGGACGGACCAAACACAAAAAUGCGUGGAUGCUGUGGGAGAGAGUUGGACAGAGCACAUAUUCUGGACGGAAACCUCGACGGAGGCAGCAACUCGUCAUCGGUCAUAUCAGUGCAGAAAGAAAUAGCAGUGCGACCGAGUCCAGUGGCAGCCCACGCCCGCGUUAUGAUUUUGUGGCCAUUUUAUAACUAACAGCAUUCCAGCGGCGCCGACAACUGAGCCCAAAGUCCCCAGUUCAGUUCAAGUCCCCAUCCACGGAUCCCAUCCCAGUUUUAAGACCCCAACCCCAAAAGGGCCGGGCCACACACAUCGAUGGUUUAGCUGAUGACGACGAUGAUGACCACCGCUCUGUGCCGCAGGGAGGAGUUGGGGGCCAAGUGCAUUGGAAACGCCGUCUGGUGACAGAAGCGGCAACGGGAGCAGAAUCCACCAUUCGAGAAGGAGGAUGUUAAGGACCGAUCGGACGAUCGAAACCUGUUGGGGUUACGGUACGAAUACACCCAUUUCCUUUCCCGCUAACUCGACAGUUUUAAUACCCUUUAAUUAGAGUUCGAAAUAC